AUGGACAUGUCAUCCCAUCCUCUCCUCUCGUCAAUGGACGAACCCCCUCCAUUUCCAUCGAACUAUCCUCAGCUACGUAGACUAGAUCGUUCGGUAAUUUGUCAAAUCUGUAAAGAACCAUUUCAAGCUCCUGUAUCGAUAGGAUGUGGACAUUCAUUCUGUUCCUCAUGCAUAAGGUCGUCUCUGGACGUGAUGAAGAAAUGUCCAUCAUGUAAUGAACCCGCUUCAGAAGGUCAGAUAAGGAGAAAUAGAGCUUUGGAGGAGAUAACGGACGCAUGGGAAGAAUCAAGACCAACGAUCUACGACUUGGCAAAGCCACCACCACAAGCUCAAACAUCGAAGAAACGUCCAGCUCAAGAACCGAAUUCGAAACCUUCAUCUUUGUCCGGUACGAAGCGUCUCAAGCCGAAUUCGAGUAGAGAAGCGAGUGGAAGUCGAUCACAGAGUCCAACUAAAUCACGAAGAUCCAAUGAUAGCGAUGCUGAAGAAAGGCAGAAUGGGGAGGGAGAAGAAGAGGAAGAUGAUGUGCAGGAGUUGACUGAGAAUGAUGAAGCCCCUUGUCCAAUAUGCCAAGCUACUUUACCAAUAUCCUCGAUACCACUACAUAUCGAAAAGGGAUGCCCGCCACCGAAAGGGAAAAUCAAUGGUAAUGGUGCUAGAAAAGGGAAUCAAAAAGCAGAUUGGAAGAAGGUCUUCUCGGGUCAAGCUCCAGGAGGAAAGAACAAAGAUAAAGAAGUCGAAAUGAAACGAAUAAUUAAACCGAAUUAUGCAUUAGCUACACCGGCAGAAUUACGAUCAAUCCUCUCUGAUUAUUCCUUACCUGCAACGGGAGAUAAAGCGACAUUGAUAAGUAGAGUACAAGAAUGGAUAAUCCUCUUCAACUCGAAUCUCGAUACCUCACAUCCAUCCUCCCUAUCAGCGUUAAGAGCGAAAUUGUCAGAUAUGGAGAAUUCCAAAAAGAGGGAUAAGGAGAGGGGGAAAGAUGAGAUGAUCAACCAAUUAGGAAGUAAAGAUGGAUUGCAGAAGUAUGCGAAAGACAAGAAAAGUGAAUUUGAGAGGUUGAGAAAAGAGAUUAUAGAGAGGGAUAGGAAGAGGAAAGAACAGGAUGAAGGGAAGGGACGUGGGAGAGAUAAUGCUAUCGAGGUGGAGUAA